GAAAAAAGUACAAAUAUCUAUGGUGCAUUGUGAAUCAGAUUCACGUCAGUCAAUCAGAUAAGUCAAUAAAAAUAAGAUAUAUUUGGAGUUUCGUUUGAAAAAUUUUGGAAAAUGGCAAAGAAUACUUCCAGUUCUGCAUUUAGAAAAAUAGAUAUAGAUCAAUACAACGAAGACAAUUUUAAAGAAGAUGAAGCUGAACUAUCCGGACCGACUGGACCAGACGAAAGCGAAGUCUGCGCACUGCUUAAUCAAGGUCGGUAUAUAGAAGCUUUAAGAGUGGUAUUAAAUAAUGCCCCACUUGGAUCAUCAAACCAACAAGUAAAAGACAAUGCACUAGCUCUAACGUUGAAAGUGCUACUGGCAAUAAAAUCUGCACAAAUAGAAGAAGUUGUUGGGAAGUUACAUCUAGAUGAUAUUGAUGUACUGAUGAAGUACAUUUACAGAGGAUUUGAAUGCCCUUCAGAGGGUUCCAGUGGUCAUCUUCUUCUAUGGCAUGAGAAAGCUUAUAACAUUGGAGGAUUUGGUUCUAUUGUGAGAGUGCUGUCAGAUAGAAUGCGGGUAUAACUUUUGUAAAGUAAACAAUAGGGUUUUUGAGUAUGUUUUGUUUUGCGCAUUAUUUAACAUGUAACUCCAAUUAAUACAAAAAAGAAGUGCUAUUUACAGAAGGAAUUCAUUUUUCAAAACAAGAAAUAUGACCAUAAUUCAUAUUCUAAAUGUAGGUAUGUACAGGAGGGGCAUGAAGUGGGGAUAUUGCUCCAUCUCUUUCUUACGCACACAUCAUAAUUCCCAAUGACAUCAUAUCCAAGUAUUUCAUACUUUUUCUGUUUUUUAAUUACCCCUACCACCUAAUUUAAAAUGCUUAUAACUUGUGGAAUUUCCACCAGAUUUUAAUGAUUCCUUCUGUUAAGAAUUUUUAUGGCAUAUUUUAUAAAGUUUAAACAAAAAUAAGUUAAAUACCCUAUUUUGCUGUACACUUUUAAUUUUUAUGAAGUAAAAAAUUCUUUGUACUAUUAUAAUACAGUUUAUAAAAGAAUGAAAAGUGAAGCAUGGUGUGUAAAGACUAAAGAUACAUAUGUUACGUAAAUAAAUUCAUAAAUUAUAAGGAAAA